AGAGGGAAGAUUUUCUUGUUUCCUUGUGAUCCCGUGCAUAGUCUACGUGAAAUCCCAGAUUGCCUUGUUGUUUGUUUUGGUUCCUCCUCCAAGUAACAGGUCUAAUUCCUAUUCUUACAAAAAAAAAACUGCAGCUUUUCGGAAAGAGAGACAGGAGGGGCUGAGAGAGAGAGAUCUUAAUUUACAAGGUCCCUCUGGUUUUUUGUCCGAGAUUUGUUAAUUCCUACACUCUCCAAUGAUGUUUUUAUUUUCUGGGUAUUUCGUUUCAUCAGGGUUUGGGAGAAUUUGAACAGCUAGAAAGUAGAAACCACUGAAAGCUUGGUGAAGUCGGGGUUCUUGAUCGGAUGGGGAGAAAUUUAUGACCGUAAUGGAUCCUCAGGUCUUUGUCAGAUUGUCAAUAGGGUCACUGGGGCUGAGGCUUUCAGGAACAGCACUAAAUCCUUCAAAAUCGGAACUUCAUGCAUUUUCUUCUCCGUGUUUGUGUGAGAUACGACUUCGAGGUUUUCCAAUGCAGAAAACAUCGGUCCCUUUAAUAUCUUCACCUGAAGCCACUCCUGAUAGUCUCAGCAUUGCCUCGAGCUUUUAUCUUGAAGAAUCUGAUCUGAAAGCAUUGCUGACACCUGGGUGUUUCUAUAACCAUCAUGCCUAUCUUGAGAUUGCUGUUUUUACUGGGAAAAAGGGGUCGCAUUGUGGUGUUGGCAUCAAAAGGCAGCAGAUUGGGACAUUUAAACUAGACGUCAGUCCAGAAUGGGGCGAAGGAAAACCAGUUAUUCUUUUCAAUGGAUGGAUUGGCAUGGGAAAAAACAAACAGGAGAGUGGAAAACCUGGAGCGGAGCUUCAUCUGAGAGUGAAACUAGAUCCUGAUCCAAGAUAUCUUUUUCAGUUUGAAGACGUGACCACAUUGAGUCCUCAGAUAGUUCAGCUUCGAGGUUCCAUCAAGCAGCCUAUAUUCAGUUGCAAAUUUAUUCGAGACAGGGUGCCCCAGGUGGAUCCGUUAAGCAAUUACUGGUCAUGCUUUGUUGACGGUUCGGAAUUAGAGACAGAGAGAAGAGAAAGGAAGGGAUGGAAGGUGAAAAUACACGAUCUCUCUGGCUCGGCUGUUGCAGCAGCCUUCAUAACGACUCCCUUUGUGCCAUCAACAGGUUGUGAUUGGGUUGCCAAAUCCAACCCAGGAGCUUGGUUGAUUGUUCGUCCUGAUGCUUGUGGACCUGAAAGCUGGCAACCAUGGGGAAAGCUUGAGGCGUGGCGCGAGCGUGGCAUCAGAGACACCAUCUGCUGCAGAUUUCACCUCCUCUCUGAAGGCCAGGAGGGAGGAGAGGUUCUUAUGUCAGAGGUAUUCAUCAGCACCGAAAAGGGUGGUGAGUUUUUCAUAGAUACUGACAAACAGAUGCGAACCUCUGCAACACCAAUACCAAGCCCAGAAUGCAGUUUUGGAGAUUUUUCGGGAUUGAGUCCUGUCGCAGGUGGUUUUGUUAUGAGCUGUAGAGUGCAAGGGGAAGGCAAGUGCAGCAAGCCAUUGGUACAGCUUGCAAUGCGACACAUAACAUGUGUGGAGGAUGCUGCCAUCUUUAUGGCUCUCGCAGCAGCCGUUGAUCUUAGCAUUGCUGCAUGCAGGCCUUUCCCUAGGAGAGUCAGGAAAGGUUCUCGCCAUUCCUUAUGAAACGAUGACCAAACGAUGGUCAUAAAUUAUCAUGAACAAAUCUUGACAUUGUUUAUGCUUGAUGUUAUUAUUUUGUCAAUCUGUACAGCAUCUCAUGGUUUAUGUCUUAAAAAAAUUGUUCAAG